UUUAAUAACAGGGCCUGUCGUUUUUAUUGAAUUCAGCACUACCGAUAUGUACACAGAAGGUCACUUUCCCUAAUACCUACAAAAUCAAUGUUUUCCUUUAGUAAACGUGGGGGAGGCUGAGAUUAAAUGAUAAAACGAGAAUUAACCACUCCACUCGAAUAAAAUCAAUAAAAAUCCCUCCCAAAUUUGUGUCAGCUGUAAACAGACCAAACACUCUAUGUGGAUUGAUUAAUAUACAGUGCAAACAUGUUUACAGUGAUCAGCUUUAAAGCCCUCCUCGUUUACUUUAAACGCUGAUUUCCAGCAGAUUUAAAUAAUUCACAAAUCCCAAUCAAACGUGUGGCAAAUGAUGUACGGCCUGACACGUGUGAUUAUAAUGCCUGAAUGAAUAACCUGUCACAAAUCAAGCCUUUGAAAUAAUGCAUGAAUUCUGACACUUGUAAGAUGGGGAAACGCUAUUCCUCUGACAUAACACUUAUUUACUAAUAAUCCCAUGUAAGGCAUGUAACAUAUUGGCUAUUAGCGCCACGUGGUUUCACCAAGCUUUUCAAUCUGCAGAGGCCGUCACAGUGUGGUACAUUAUGGUUCAACGCUUACAAAGUAAAAGUGACCACUACUAUACUGACCGCCAUGGACAUUAGGCUUGUGGAGUGGACAGAAGGAUAGUACGGCUACACUUAGGACCCCAGCACACAGCUUUUCUGCGCUGAGUUAUUUCACAUUUAGGCAUCCUCCAGUUUGAAAUGGCACCACUGACGUUGGUUGUACAUGGAUCGCGUAUAUCUACAUGUAGAUGAAUUCUCAGCAGCGUAUAUGUACUUGUAAGCGCUUGCUACAUAUGUGUUGCUUAGCAGUCUCAAAUAACAGGUUUGGAGCAAAAUAAGUUCUAGAUAGAGAAUCGGGUCUCUUCGUUCUGUUGGCAGUACCUGGAAGCUUUCGGUCUCUAAACUGAUUUUUAUCUUUAUGACACAUGAGACUCGAUGAAGGACCUACUUGUGAACAUUAUCUAAAUAAUUUUAUCAGUUCUUUAAUCCACUGCGUCAAGAGUGCAUUUUCCAUGAGCAUUUUUCAUUUCGGAUUUUGUUUACUCGAUCGUCCGAGAACGCAACUUUUGCUGCUGAAGUAAUAUCUAACGCAGUUCAGGGGACGCCAUGGCUGUCACCCCGGAAACCCAACCAUUAUACUUUCGGUUGUGCGGCUGAGAAAGAUCAUGUGCAUACAAAAGUAGACACAGGACUGGAGAAGUUUAAAGUCUAGUCCAUCGCAUCUUAAAACAACAUACAAUCAUGCAGUACAAAACGUACGCAUUAACAAACUGAGGCCACAGUUGUCACUUGCCCUCGGAUAAACUUUGGACGACCAAGCUAAAAGACUGUACAUAAUUAUCAGUUUAACAGAGAUGGAGCAGACGACGAAGUUUACGGCGGAUUGUGGUGUCUCAGUACGGAAAGGAUAUCCGUCUCUCUCGCGGUUAAUUCGAAAGACCUACAUCGACUUGGGAACGAUAUCUGCAAUAGCCGUCGUUGUGUAUAAUGCCUGGUCGGGCCAACAAAACCUCCAGAGCAGCCUGAACUUCGAAGAUGGCAUAGGAGUUAUAUCUCUCAGCAUAUUCUACGCUGCGUCGAUUGCAUCCUCUUUGUAUGCGCCGCUAAUGGUGGACAAAUUGGGCCCAAAGAAGUCGAUACUGAUUUCUGUAAGUGCGGCACUUUUGUAUUACGCUGCUAAUUUCUACCCCACAAUGUAUACACUCGGUAUGGCAGCUCUGUUGUAUGGGUUGGUCUCCACGCCGUUCUUCACAUGUCUGGGCUACAUCAUUACUACGGCUGCUUUAGACAACGCAAUCCUUACGGGCAGGGACGGGGACGUGGUAAUAAGUCGCUUCAAUGGCAUUUACUGGUCACUUUUUAAAACGACACACAUAACCGGAAACAUGAUUUCUUGGUUGGUUCUAAGCCAAGCGAAACACAAGGUAGAUAACGGCACGUAUUUUGCCGAAACCCGGAACGAGAGCGCCGACGGUUUCUCGGUGUGCAGCGUCCGCAGUUGUCCGGAUACUUGGGAAACAGCUCAUCUGCACUCCGAAACAAACUCUCCUCGGCCGGAAAAGUCAUUAGUUUACACUCUGUUGGGUAUCUACCUUGCCCUGGUAGUGACUGGGAUUCUUAUCACAGUUGUGGCUCUCAAAGAACCAAACCGGAAACAAAACGAUAAAGCAGACGAUACAAAGCAGAUGAUGUUCGCUACGGUGAUCCUUUGGCGGGAUUACAAGAUGGCGCUGCUUCUUCCGUUAUUCGUCUUUAAUGGGGUCCAGAUGGCUUUUCUUUAUGCAGAAUUUACAAAGGCGUUCGUGGCUUGUGAGCUGGGAAUAGAAUGGGUCGGCUAUACCAUGAUGUGUUACGGCGUCACCAGCGCCAUCUCCCCCUGGGUCUUUGGUCACCUCCAUAAGUGGAUCGGCUUCCCCAUCAACUACACUGCGGCAGGAAUCAUUAACAUGGCCCUGUUUAUCCAGAUGUUGGUCUACCCGGUGUCUAAAGAGCAUUUAGGUUACUUCUUCUUCAUACCAGGGAUUUGGGGAGUUUUGAAUGGGAUGUGGCAAAGCCGAACUCUUGCCCUGCUUGGGAUACAUUUCUCACACAACCAGCGUCCAGCGUUUGCAAACUAUCACCUAUGGCAAGGGGUGGGGUUUACAGUGUCCUUCGCCUAUGGAAACCUUCUAUGCGUGGCAACGAAGAUCUACAUUUGUAUGACCAUGCUUGUGCUUUCUCUCUUGUUAUACUACGUGGUGGAAAUCAAAACGAGACUUGAGAAAAAGAAGGAAAAGUCAGGACAGGUUAUCAGUGAUGAAAAACAAAAUGGCAACAUACCGGAAGCUGAAAAGCUCUCCCCGAACGGUAUCAGGGAAGACGACGUUAAAAAGUUAGCUUUAUCAAGUACUUCACUUCCAAAUGAAUUAAGUAUCCCUUUCACGCAAAGUGACUUGUAUCUCUAUGCCACCGACGUGAACUUCUUAGCAGCUUCCACCGGAAGUAUGAUCGCCAGAUGGGACUCCAUGUCACGUGACCAGUUCCGUUCCGUUGUGAAAGCCAAGUCCAAGGACAGCGUGCACGCUUAACUGCAGAGCCUUCGGUUUGUUUUACAAGGGAUUUUAAACUGAAAACGUAGCUCAGAUCACUGCCAGUGAUGUGACAGAUGUUUUUACUACCAGUCCUCUCCCGUAUAUGAACUGGAGUCGUCCACAAACCUUCUGUAGGCUUUCAGCAAUUAUUGUAUCUAUGGCUGCCACGAGGAUAUAUUACUGCAUCUAUCCUUGAUUUCUUAUUCAGUUUAGAAUACCUACCCCACUUUGGUGUACCAAUUGAACAUUCAUUCUUAUAAAUUAAUAUUUUAUCUUUUAAAACACUGGCAAAACACCAAAUGAAAUAUACAUUGACUCUGAUGCGUCCUCGAGUCUUGUUUUAAGAGUCACAUAUAUGAAAUCCAACGCAUUUUAAACUUCUUGUUUUAGUUUUUAAAACAGGCUUGCUCAGAUAGGUGUUGGGGACAAAAUUGCUGAAACACCACAGAGGUGAUCGCAUAUACAUGUACAGGGUAAGCACCGUUUUAUGCGGGUUUCAGCUUGGUUACGAUAACAGGCGUACUUCGUCUCAAUACUCCUGACUUCGACGAGACUGAUAUUUCGGUUUCUGACAGCUAAGUAGUUUUAUGAUGAUGCUUAGCGCAUUAAAUCAUAUAUAUUUUACGCCGUGACAGUGUUUAAAAUCUACUUUUGUAUAUUUAAUUGUGAUUAAAUUUACCGUAUAACUAGAGGUGUCGAUGCCACACAAAACACGAUUCUAGAAAUAGGAAUACGGAGACGAAUUAUGCAUGCGUAUAUUUGGAGACAUGGACGGGUGAUGGCGCUCCUGACGGAAUGCUACCUUAAAUUUGAUAAAUCCUUGAUUUAGAUAAAAUGUGAUAAGUAAUAGGGGAUAAUUACGACAAUAAAUGUCCACUUCAUACGCUGAGAUAAAAAAAUGAUCCCAGUUACUAGGUAGGGCUAUUUGGAGCUGAUAAAGUAUAUCCAUAUAAAAAUUUGUUAUUACGUUUAUGGACCAUGUACGGUGAUGUACCGGUAUAUUUUACUCGGCAAGUUCAAGUAUGCUACGUCACAUUGACGUACACGAUAACUUACAUAAACAAUAGCAUCAAACUAGUCAAUUGAUCUCGAUCAAAGAAGCCGUAUAGGUCUGGUCUUCUUGCCCCGCAUAGUACAAAGCUGAUGUGUAAAAAAGUGAAAUGCCAAGACACAAAACUUUCAAACAAUGACACAACAUGUGUAAUGGUUUUUUUAGAAUUAACAAUAUUUAACUUUUAUUAACUCAUUUUAAUGAAUUUUUGAUAGGAUGAUUUGUUAAAACCCAUGUUAAGAAUUAUAUGCUAUUGAUUUGUUGAAUUAUACAAACUUAUGCUCAAAUAAAACAACCUUAACAUCAAAGCAUGUUGUGCUCAUUAUUGUGUUAAACAUUAACGAUAGGUUGCACAAUAUUUCAGAUGCUAUGUCCCAUGUGUAUAAGUGGAAAUGACUUUUAUCGACAG